AUGUCGGCACCGGGAGUCGGAAUGUUGGACGGCGGAGUCCCAACGGCGCAACCACCCGGAAUAGACAUGACCGGAAUAUGCUUCAGAGACCAGCUAUGGCUGAACACUUACCCUCUCGAUCGUAACCUCGUCUUUGAUUACUUCGCUCUGUCACCGUUCUACGACUGGACUUGCAACAACGAACAAAUUCGAAUGCGAUCUCUUCACCCACUCGAUCCCUCUCAACUCACGAAAAUGACUGGAAACAGAAGAGGGAUAGCCCCUGAUAAAGUUACUCCAAUGCUUUCUUAUUACAUCUUGGAUGGUUCAAUCUAUCAAUCUCCGCAGUUAUCCAAUGUUUUUGCUGCUAGAAUUGGAAGGGCACUUUAUUAUAUUCAAAAGGCAUUUACUACAGCUGCCUCUAAGUUGGAAAAGAGUGGAUAUGUUGAUACUGAGAAAGAGACUACAGUUUCGGAACCGAAGGCCGCUAAGGAGACAAUUGACUUAAAAGAAAUCAAACGAGUGGAUCAUAUUCUUGCAUCUUUGCAACGCAAGCUUCCAACAACAUCCGCAGCCGCGCCGCUCAAGCCCCUUCACACAACCACGACAACCACCGCUCAGCUUCCAAACCACGACCACCCUCCGUCAACCUCAGAUCCUCACAACAACUCAACCCUCACCAUCGCGUUGCCUUUAACGUAA